GGACAGGAAAAAAAACAGGGCGUUUCCUUUUCACUUCCCACAAUGCUCCGCUUUGUGGUAGUUACUAUGGCAGCGCGUACAGUAAUUUCUCAGCGGAAACUAUUCUUCAAAUACGACUGGGGGAAAUUAGCCGACAACAACCUAGUUUUACUUCCGAACACUUGGCUUUACGGUCAGUCGCAAUUUAAAUCUGGCGCCUCGUGCGCGGCUCGCGCACUUCGCACGCCAAGAGGCCAGCCGCCUAACACGCGCGCGGGUGCCACUUCGAGGUCGCCCCGCAGUCGGUGUAGCCCACUUCCUCUUUCCGACUUCCGGCUUCCUGGCUCUGGAUUCCCCCUCCUCCUCGGUCUGGAAAUUUCCUGGCCGGGAUGGCGCGGUGUUCGUGACCGCAGCACUUUGCCCAGUCGUCGUGCAGCCCCGGGGCUCCGCGAUGCGGACCUCCCGUCCGCUCUGAUCCUCCGCGGAACGCUCUUCACAGCGCUCCUCGGUCUUUUUGUCAUUCUUGUCCGUAACACCGUCUUGACGGUCUUCAUCCGCGCGCGCGAUGUAUAGCUGGAGGCGCCGCCUGCCGCGGAUGUCCACGCGCUCCUUCGUGGCCUUCGUGUUCUUCUUCUCCCUGUCCAGUUCCUGCCUCUACUUCAUCUAUGUGGCUCCAGGCAUCGCCAACACGUACCUGUUCAUGGUACAGGCCCAGGGGAUGAUGCUGCGGGACAACGUGCGCACCAUCAGACACAUGAUCAGGCUCUACACCAACAAGAACAGCACGGUCAAUGGCACGGAUUAUCCCGACGGCAGCAACUCGAGCGAGUACGUCGCACAGCCGACUGCGUUCCUUCCGGAAAAUUUCACCUACGCCGUGAACCUCCCGUGCCCUGAAAAGUUACCUUCUAUGAAGGGUUGGAAUCAUGUCAACAUGACUGAAAUAUUUAUGGAGGAUAUCAUGCUACAGUUUUCCAAACACACAGACAUCGAGGAAGCUGGCCACUGGAAGCCCAAGGACUGCAAGGCGCGCUGGAAGGUGGCCAUCCUUAUCCCGUUCCGGAACCGGCAUGAACACCUGCCCAUUCUGCUGCACCACCUCAUCCCCAUGCUCCAGAGGCAGCGCUUGCAGUUUGCCUUCUAUGUCGUAGAACAGACUGGCACACAUCCCUUCAACCGUGCAAUGCUUUUCAACGUGGGCUUCAAGGAGGCCAUGAAGGACUUGGACUGGGACUGCUUUGUUUUCCAUGAUGUAGACCACAUCCCUGAGAACGAUCGCAAUUACUACGGUUGCGGGCAGAUGCCGCGCCACUUCGCUGCCAAGCUGGACAAGUACAUGUACAUCCUGCCCUACAAUGAGUUCUUCGGCGGUGUGAGCGGGCUGACGGCGGAGCAGUUCCAGAAGAUUAAUGGAUUUCCCAAUGCAUUCUGGGGAUGGGGUGGCGAGGACGACGAUCUCUGGAACAGAGUGCACUAUGCGGGCUUCAAUGUGACCAGGCCCGAGGGUGAAAUUGGCAAGUACAAGUCGAUCCCGCACCACCAUCGUGGAGAAGUGCAGUUCCUAGGGAGAUACAAGUUGCUGAGGUACUCCAAGGAGAGGCAGUAUCUCGACGGUCUGAACAACCUGCACUACACGCCUGAGAUCACUUUAACCAGACUGUACAAGAACAUAUCAGUUAAUCUUUCUCCAGAGUUGGCUCCUGUCACGGACUACUGACCUGUGGUCCGUGUUGGGUGGGUGUGUGUAUGUGUGCGCGCGCACGUGAACGAAGCCCACAAACCAGUGUGUGUCAACUGUUGCCGAAGCCUGUCAGCACCGAGAGGGGUGGUUUAACGUGGCCAAUUUAUCUGGAUUUGGGGCCUGUGUAACUGGACUAUUGAUUGUGUGUGU